CCGAAGGGAAGAUGGGGGUGGAGCCGGCGGAGGAAGGCGGCCCCGCGGAGGAAGAAGACGUUCCUCGUGCCAUGGAGCCCUCGGACGCGGGGGUGGCGGGCAGCUCGCGGGCAGUUUGCCAUCCAGGGGCACCAGCACAAAUCCCUCCGUCAAGAGUCAUAGUCCAUGUGGACCUGGAUUGCUUUUAUGCCCAAGUAGAAAUGAUCUCCAAUCCAGAAUUAAAGGACAAGCCUUUAGGUGUGCAACAGAAAUACUUGGUGGUUACUUGCAACUAUGAGGCCAGGAAACUUGGAGUGAAGAAGCUUAUGAAUGUCAGAGAUGCAAAAGAAAAGUGUCCUCAGCUAGUCCUCGUGAAUGGAGAAGACUUGACCCGAUACAGAGAGAUGUCCUAUAAGGUCACAGAAUUGCUGGAGGAAUUUAGUCCACUUGUUGAGAGACUUGGAUUUGAUGAAAAUUUUGUGGAUCUAACAGAAAUGGUUGAGAAAAGACUCCAGCAGCUUCCAAGUGACGAUGUUCCGUCAGUGACUAUGUUUGGCCAUGUUUAUAAUAACCAGUCUGUGAACCUGCAGAAUGCCAUGCAUCUGAGACUUGUGGUGGCAUCGCAGAUUGCAGCAGAGAUGCGGGAAGCCAUGUAUAAUCAGCUUGGGCUCACGGGCUGCGCUGGAGUGGCUCCUAAUAAACUCUUAGCAAAGUUAGUGUCUGGUGUUUUUAAACCAAAUCAACAGACAGUCUUAUUACCUGAAAGUUGUCAACAUCUCCUUCACAGUUUGAACCACAUAAAGGAAGUGCCUGGUAUCGGCUAUAAAACUGCCAGGCGGCUCGAGGUGCUGGGCAUCAACAGUGUGCAUGAUCUCCAGACUUUUCCAAUCAAAACUUUAGAAAAGGAAUUAGGAAUUUCAGUUGCUCAGCGUGUCCAGAAGCUCAGCUUUGGAGAGGACAAGUCUCCUGUCACACCGUCAGGACCACCACAGUCCUUUAGUGAAGAAGAUACAUUUAAAAAGUGUUCCUCAGAAGUAGAAGCUAAAGCUAAGAUGGAAGAACUACUUUCCAGCCUUUUGAACAGAGUACGCCAUGAUGGAAGGAAGCCCUAUACAAUAAGAUUAGUCAUCCGUCGAUACUCUGACAAACACUGUAAUCGAGAGAGUCGUCAGUGCCCAAUCCCAUCCCACGUCAUUCAGAAGUUAGGGACAGGAAACUAUGACGCGAUGCCUCCCCUGAUUGAUAUCCUUAUGAAACUUUUCCGAAAUAUGGUGAACGUGAAGCUGCCCUUUCACCUCACUCUUCUGAGUGUGUGCUUCUGCAACCUGAGAGCCCUGAACAGUGCUAAGAAAGGGCCUAUGGACUGCUACCUGACGCAGUCCCUCUCAGCAACCGCCUGCUCCAGCAAGCGCAGCUUUAAAGCGAAGGACUCCCACACGGACGACUCUCACAGGGACAAGGAAGCAAACUGGGGCGGCCUCCCGAGUAGAGGAAUGGAGGGCACAAGAGCAGGGCAGGCUCCACUGGAUGCCGCCCGCUUUCCUACAGAAAAAGACACAAGUGACUUGCCACUCCAGUCACUGCCAGACGGUAUUGACCAAGAAGUCUUUAAGCAACUUCCAGCAGAUAUUCAAGAAGAAAUCCUUUCUGGAAAAUCUAGAGAAAAUGUUCAAGGGAAAGGGAGUUUAAGUUGUCCAUUGCAUGCCUCUAGAGGAGUCUUGUCUUUCUUUUCUACCAAGCAAAUGAAAGCCGGUUGCAUGAGCCCCAGAGACACUGUGUUCACUAGCAAGCAGGUAUCAGCCCCGCCUCCCUGUGAGCCGGGAACAUCAGGACUGAGCACCAGUAGCUCCCCACAUCCAGCGUGCGGAAAGGAUUGUUCCUAUUAUGUAGAUAAUCAGUUAAAGGAUAAACGCAUGAGUCAAGGCCCGGCAGAGUCUCAAGGACUCCACUCUUCCAAUACGAACCCUGCUGUUUCUGUUUUACAUUCAUUUCCAAAUUUGCAGAGUGAACAGCAUUUCUCCACACAGCACACUGCGGGCAGCCACAAGCAGACAGCCACCACUUCUCACCAGGGACUAGAAAACAGAGAGCAAGAUUCUGUGGAUGAAAAGCUUACUUUCCCACCGGACAUUGAUCCUCAAGUUUUCUAUGAGCUUCCAGAAGAGGUCCAAAAAGAACUGAUGGCCGAAUGGAAGAGAGCUGGAGCCGAGCUCCCCUCUGUGCACAAAUAAGUGCACUCAGGAAAAGGGCCAGAGAGCAGGCAGUGCUCAUUCCCAGAUCACCUUUUUAUAAUUAAACAGUAAUAUUCAAUGGUGUACAAAUCCGACAUAAGAUGUAAUAGAUAAGGGAAAAAUGGGCGCAGGAAGUCAAUUCUAGUACAAAGGGAAAAUAUCCAUAACAUGUGGUAAUGUAAAAAAAAAAAGCUAUCUUCCUAUUAUUUCUCCAGCUGUUUUAUAUCAUUGUCAAUAAAAGGAAUAUCAUGGUCAACA